GUUAGUUGUAGAUAUAGUUACAGUGCAUUUUAUUUAUUUAUAUCGUUACAUAUGGAAAUAAAUUAAUUACCCAACUAAAAAAUGUUGAAAUCGGUUGCAACCCCUUAUUAUCCUAUUCAGGAUAAUGAAAAACCAAAGCUUUUAUAUACAUCUGCUAAUUUCUUGGGUAUACCCACCAACAGGGGACAACCAAAAAUUGGUACAUAUCAAGGACCAGAACUUAUCCGAAAGUCUAAUUUUUUCCAGCUUGUAGCUGAAGAUGGUAAGAUACAACAUUGUAUUGGUUUUAUUAAACACACAUUUUACACAGAGGUGGAUGAUGGCUAGCAAUGAAAUCCAGGACGCACGCAUUUGUCUGUCCAACAUUUCGAAGUUACUUAGUUAUUUUAUCAUCACUACUACUCAAGUAUUUACUAUAAACUAAACUUUCUGGUAUGAGUUUGGUCAGGUACUUUAAUAUUUAAAACCACCGGUCAUAAAAAUUGGAUGACUAUUGUGGUUUGGAGCUUGUGUUAUAAACAGUACAUAAGUGUGAAAUUUAUCAGUACAAAUCAUUUUUAUUCUGUUCAAAUGUCCUGUUUUCUAGGGACUUUAAAAAUGGGUAGAUAUGCUUAUGUAUACUAUGAAACUAUUGAUGGUGUAAGGCAUCAGGCGUUUUGAACAUUUUAUAAUCAAACACAUGGCUUGAUAAAACCAAAUUAAAUGGUUAUAUACGAAAUAAUUUAAUAAUGAAGACAUUUUAUCUCCACAUUCACGAAAUCACUGACUGUGUCACGUAGAUUGAACAGUGAGACUUAUAAUUGAAGUUUUCCUUUUUGUAAUCUGUCAUUCUGAGCUUUAUAUUUUAAAGAUAUUUAUCUUGUUUAUCUUGCUGGUAUCAUAUUAGUGGUUAUUAUCACAAAAGUGAAAUAGCUUUCUCUAUUCACCAAUACUGAAGGAUACGUAUAAUUUAUGUCAUGGUUAUUAGAAGUUACGAUUCAAUAAUACCUGAAUCCUGAAAUUCAAUGAAACAAUAUUAUUUUCAAAGAAUUGCGUUCAGUUUAACAUUGAAAUACUGCUCCGCGAUAUCAUACGAAUCAUGAAUAUGUAUAAUGUAUUUUGUACACGAAACAUUGUGUAACUAAUUCAGCAUGGCUGAAUAGAUCUCUAAAAACAAUUUAUUAAUCUGUUCUAUCAAGGUGGUGUCGUAAGUACGUUACUUGUCUCAUGUAACGUGUUAUGUUAUGUUGCUAAAAAAAACCAAAAUAACCCACUAGUGAUAGUUAUUUCAAAUACAAUAAUUAAUGUUAAUUGACUGUGGAGAUGUUACACCUGUAGAACUAAGUGAAACAGAGGAUCCACAACGUUUUGGAAUGAAAUGGUCGCGGAGUUUCUCAUUGACCACUUUAAAAAUAGCCGAACGUGUGGAGGGAUUAAUGAAACAGUCAACCAAACAUAAUACUGAAUCAGAUGAAUCAAAAUCAAGUCCUUUAGUAAUUGUUGGUGGUGAUCAUAGUAUGGCGACUGGAACCAUACUUGGACAUGCUAAAGCUAAACCAGAUCUGUGUGUGUUAUGGAUUGAUGCUCAUGGUGACAUAAAUACACCACUGAAUUCAGCUUCUGGAAAUAUACAUGGAAUGCCUUUAAGUUUUCUAGUAAAAGAAUUACAAGACCAAAUACCGUGGUUGGACGACUUUGAAGGCAUAAAACCUUGUCUCAAUGCCAGUAAUAUUGCCUAUAUUGGUUUGCGGGAUUUAGAUGCUUAUGAAACACAUGAUAUUAGAAAACAUGGCAUUGCUUAUUUUACAAUGCUGGAUGUUGACCGAAUGGGAAUAGAAGCUGUUAUUAAAGAAGCAUUGCAAGCAGUAAAUCCAAGAUUGGAGAAAGCUAUUCACUUGAGUUUUGAUAUAGAUGCGCUGGAUCCUUUAGUAGCUCCGAGUACUGGCACUGCUGUUCCAGGUGGUUUAACAUUACGUGAAGGUUUAAGAAUAUGUGAAGAAGUUUCAGCGACAGGAAAACUUUCUAUAGUUGAAUUGGCUGAAAUAAAUCCCUUAUUAGGAUCUAAGGAAGAUGUUGUAAAAACUCAAUCAUCCGCUGUUCAGAUUUUGAGAGCAUGUUUAGGCCAUUGUCGUUCAGGUCAUUUACCAUUCAAUGUUCGUAAUUUAACUGAUCAAGGUAUUAUUAGUCGGAUGGCACAUAUGCAGACAAAACAAUAAUUAUUCCUGAUUCUCUAACAGUUACUGAUUAUCUUUUAUUAUUAUAAUCAUAUAACUCAUUUAUCAAUAUUAUUAUUAUUAUUAUUAUUAUCAAUAUAUAGCAUUACAAUGAUUUGUGUAUUUUUUAAAAAUAUUAUAUUAUUUAUUUGUUGUGUUAUUACUUCUAAACUGACUUACAUUAUUUGAAGAAAAUUGAUGCAACCUAA